AUGUGGGAGGAGGUUUACACCCGCGCUUGCGCAGAUUCCGGUGUAAGCCCGCGCAACGAAAUUCUAGCUCUCAACGAUGGUACACUGGAGCUACGCGGUAACACCUUUGAACGUUUUAACCAUCGCAUUACAGACGAUGAACUAGCGGCGCUAUCGGAGGCAUGUUCACGACUACCGCUUGUUGCUGUGUUACAUCUUGCAUACAAUGAAAUCUCAGUUCGUGGGGCCAAAGUCCUUGCGGAUGCUUUGCAGCAAGGCUUUAAUAGCCUACAGUUUCUCGAUCUCUCAUACAACAAUCUUAAUGCAGAGGCAGUGAAUGCCAUUACCGCUGGUAUUGAAUCACAUCAGAUGCUUGGCACACUACUGCUGCGUGGUAACCCAAUUGGUGGUGGAUGUGGUGAUUCUAUGAGAAAUUUGCUUCUUAAUACUUCUACCUUGACGACACUUGAUCUUUCUAGUACAGAUCAAGACAUGAAGUCUAUUGUUCAAAUCUCACGUGGGCUGCUGCGGAACACAACCCUGACCUCUUUAAACUUGGGAAGACCACUAAUGGACAACCCUGAUGAUGUCGCAUACAGUAUACACCACCUUACAUUGGCUUUGAAAGAAAAUCGUACACUACAGAGUUUGGAUCUAAAUCAUUUUAGUAUAACUGAUGAACUUCUGCGUUUGCUUGUCACCUCACUUUCAGACUCAGCCGUCGUCUGUCUUUCACUGAGAGGUAACAAAUUGUCACAAGAUUCAGGGGCGAUUCUAGCAAAAUUGUUGGAGCACCGUACAGACUUUAUUUCACUUGACUUGACAGCUAAUCGUCUUCGUGAUGUUGGUGCAGUUUCUCUUGCGACUGCCGUUGCUGCUCAUCCUAGUUUGCGUGAAUUGUAUCUUUGUAAUAAUACUAUUGGUGGGACUGGUAUCACUGCUAUUGCCAAAGCCAUUGCCGCGAAUACAUCUCUCACGUCACUAGAGUUGUGGGGGAACGAUUUCUCUGAUGAGUCUGUGGCAGAACUUUAUGGAAUCCGUGAAAAAAUUAUGUCAAUGACGAACGUUGAUUUUAGUUUCUAUGUUGUGGACGAAAAACCCAUGUUGGCUCGUGAAAGAUAA